AUGUUAGUGACAAAUCUAUGCGCCAUCCAUGCCAAACGUGUUACCAUCCAGGAAAGGGAUAUGAAAUUGGUGCAGAGGUUGCGACAAAUCAUGACAGGCAGUCGCAUCCCAGGACGUGGAAAUGACAAAUCCUCAUAUAAAUCUCUAUUGGCUGCCGUAGAAAGCCUGGGGCCGGAUCCUGAACGCGUUACAUCUAAGUGA